AUGCCUCUUUCUUCUGUCUAUCCUUCAGCUGCAAAAAUGGAUUUUUUUCCUUCUUCCACGCAAGAAAUCCCAGUAAGCCCUUUCUUCUGUCUAUCUUUCAGCUGCAAAAAUCGAUUUUUUUCCCUUCUUCAACGGAGACACGACCGAGACGGAGACACUGAUCUGUGUCACCGUGAGACACAGAAACAGCCACUAUGUCUCCGUGUCGUGCUUGUGCGGCCACGAGAGUACAGAAGAGAAAAUAAUACCAUGAAGCCAGAAAAAGCAGCAUCGCGGUGGAAUUGUGUCAGUUUGAAUGCUUCAAAGGUGGGCAAGGAUUUGUCUAAAGAUGCCAAGGCAAAAAAGUUGGCUUUUCGACACUGGAUUGAAGCUCUAAGAGAUACGAUGUGA